UCAAGGAGGGAGGAAGGAAGGAGGGAGGAAGGAGAGGAGAGGGGAGGAAACUGCUGAGAGCAAAGCAACUGCUUAUCCAGACAGUGUGAAGUGAAAUGCUCUUGAUUUAGGAAACAGACUAGACAAGGGAGCAGCGCUUUAGUUUGAGAGAUGUAAAAAAAAAAACAACAAAAAACAAAAGAACGACGCAUCUUUUCUUCAUCUUUCGGACGUUUUGGCCCAUGAUGACGGCCAAAUAAACGACUAUACAGCCAAGUACAGGGGCGUUAUCUGUGACUCUAAACUCGGUCUAUUUUUUUCCCAACCCGUGCCACGUUGAGAUUACGCCUGUGAUGGGCUGAGCAAACGCAAUGAUCAUCCUCCUCCUGCUUCCACACACGGCCGCCGGACCGCUGCGCGGGGACUCGCCGAAAAGUUCUCCAAGUUGCCUUUCCCCGGUUCGCCAGACUUCCAUUUUCACAUUUCCGUGCCCUUGACUUCCUCAGCCCUCAGACCGCAGUCCCCCGUCCCGCCCCAGCAUGCUGGACUGACGUCUGAGGAAUGGCAUCGGCUGUGUUUGAGGGGACGUCGCUGGUCAACAUGUUCGUCCGGGACUGCUGGGUCAACGGGAUCCGGAGGCUCAUCAUCAGCCAGCGGGGAGAGGAAGAGGAGUUUUUCGAGAUCAGGACUGAGUGGUCUGACAGGAACAUUUUAUACUUGCAUCGGAGUUAUUCCGAUCUGGGUCGGCUGUUUAAAAGACUUGUGGAGUCCUUUCCUGAGGACAGAAGAGACCUCUCCAAGUCUCCGAUGAUAGAAGGGCUGGUAAAAAUCAAAGAGGCCAAUGACAUUGAGGAGAAACUGAACGAGGUGGAAAGACUACUGAAGAAUGCCAUCAACAUGCCGUGCAAGUAUUCCAGGUCAGAGGUGAUGUUGACAUUCUUCGAGCGGUCGCCACUGGACCAGGUGCUGAGGAAUGACAAAGUCCACCGAAUCCAGCCGUGCUUUCAGAGUCCGAUAAAGAUAUCAGAAAUCAUGCGGUCGAAUGGAUUCUGUCUGGCCAAUACAGAAACCAUCGUAUUUGAUCACAGUAUCCCUGAAGAAAAGGAGAGACCCUCAUCCACUGACUCUGUGGAACAUACGUAUGAGGAUGGAGCCGAGUUUUUGCCAAUGGAAGCAGACGUGUGUGAUGAGGAAACAGAAGCGUAUGUCACCAACCUCUCCUACUACCAUCUGGUCCCAUUUGAAACUGACAUCCUGGAAUGAGGAAUUUACACAACAGAUGAUUGCAAAUGGACAGCUGAUGUUAUGAUUGAGGAAUAUGUACUCUUAAGUGGAUCCAAGCUAUGCAAUGCUGCACGUAGCCGCUCCAAGUUAAUGCUGCUGCUUAGUGUAGCAUCCUAAAGGGUUGCUUGAGGUUUUCUAGCGCAUUUUGGAGGCUGGCAGGUGUAUAGUAUGCACCAAAAUAAUGAAAGAAUGCAACAGCAGCACCACUUUGUUUUUGCCAUUUUACGUGACAUCACCAGUGUGCCUCAUCCGGAGCCUUACGUGAGUGUGUCGGAACAAAAUACAAUAAGAUAGAUAAGUCUUCAGACUGACUAUAUAUAGAAGGCUUUCAGGUGAUGUAACACAACCUGCGGCAGCCACAAUGGAGGGCUGAAGUCCUCAGCAAUAUGUGGAACAUGUGGAAAGAAGUGAAAUGUAAUGCAUCACUGUCUGCGGAGAAUGACUGCGACCAAGGGGGCGAGGACUACACAUUGACAGAAAUUUUGAAACAAAUGAACCUUAUUGGACCAUUCAGUGUUAAUUAUAAUUUUGCUGAAUUUACUCUCUCUUUUCAAGUUGUUUUACCUUUUUAGUGUUCAACUGUGGGCAGCCAAUUCUCCGGUGGUCUUCCAUAAUUGUAAAAGUUUGCUAGGAGAUUUGUGAUGCAUCUCCUUUAAAGUACUCCCUCAAGACUUAUCCACAGUGGUACCACUCUGGUGUUUUGUUUGCUGUGGGAAUACAGGAAGCUGUCAUGAAGCUUUGUGUAUGAUCUUUGUUUGUGGUGCAAUUUCCACAAGCAUUUAGGAAUUUUCAAUUUUUUGCUUGUGCACCAGCUUAAAACUAAAACAAAGCUAUUUUGAUGCUGUGAUAUGCAGUAGGUUUCUUUGGCAAUCCAUCUGAUUUUAAGAAAAAACAGAAAAAACAAAUUGUUGUGACUUAAAGCUGCUGUUAAAUUGAGCAAUUUUUUUUAUGUGCUUCUGUUUCAGUUGGUUCUUGGACCACUGUCAAUUUAAAGAACAUAAAAAGAAAUAUUAAGUGCCAUUAUCAUUUGGUUACAACACACUCUUUCCAAAGUGAGAACUUCAUGCUGCCUUUUUGGAUGUUGGUGAGAUUUUUUUUUAUAGAGGAUUUGUCUGACUAAUAAAUUAGAAUGCAAUAUGUGUUAGUAGUAUAGCUUGUAAUGUUGCUUAUUUUACGUUUAAAAACAAAUAAUUUCAUGUAUCAGAGCAGAGAAUGAGUGCUUCCAUUUUGUGGACAACUGAAUCAUCCAACUGCUGUUGUUGCCAUCUGAUGAGUGAUAAAAUAGGGCAAAGAAAGCUUUGUUUUAAGGGUCAAUUGAGGUCCUAUCUGACCCGUUCUGUAAGAUGACGUGAGUGGGUUCCUUCAGACAGCUGACUACAGUGAACGUGGGAGUCUGCCGCUUGGCCUGCGAUGGGGGAACAAGUCCCCUCUUUUUCUAAAGAAGACAAACAACCUUGCUGUACUUUUUAUAGGAAAAGUUGUGUGAAAUAGGCAAACACUUGAUUAAAAUUCAUGCCUUUUCUAUGCAUUAUGGGUCCUCCUACAACAAGGAGGGUGCUUUCACUUCUGUAACGGAAAAUGGGGAACUCAGUGGAGAUUUUGAAUGCAACUGAAAUGUAGAAAAUACAUUUUUGUGUGGGGAUAACUGUAUGGAAUUUCAUCUGUGUUCAUUUGUUUUUGACAGUUUUGUCACUGCAGAGGUCAUUGUGGCCUUACAGUGUAGGCUAACAGCUUGUAUCAAGUUUUCUGUCCGUCUAAAUGCUAAGGCAUUCAACCCUCACAAACUUGGCACACAAGACUUCAACAGGACGGUCCUCCGCAUGAGUCUAUUUAGUAACACAGUCAUGAUCACUAUUCACCCCGUGAGAAAGUACAGCUCUUUCUCAGGGUGUGAAACUAUUUCAUGGUCUUUAUUUCGUCUUUCUAUUCUCCAAGAGUGACGUCUUGAAUUGAUGAUGAUUCAAUAACAAGAAACUGGAAUUUGUAAUUUAAAUUUUCAUACCAAGGUCGAAUUUUCUCUGCAAAGAACUGCCAGAUGUUUCCUACGAGCUAACGUUUUAAGAUCAGAGAUUAUUAACACCCCUCCAUCUACCUUAAGGCCCUCCGCAUGCUUAUGCAGUCAGUGCAUUAUAAAUAUUCUGACACAGUUUCCAUGAAGUUAUGCCCAAAAUGGUACUCAGCUGAUUUAGUGCAGUGACAGGGAUGAGUAACAAAAUGCUGGUACUCCAGUUUCAGUGAAUCUUUGAAACAUAUCACUAUGCCCAUCGUUGUCAGCCAGGGGUGUGAGGAUGCAGAGGAGGAGAAUAUGACUGAUAAUAUGAAAAUAAUAUUUCACAUAGGUUUCUAUUUAUUUUGUAAUCUCCAGCAACACUCUUGUGACGCUAACCAUUCUAUGCCUUGUAACACUUAGUAUGUUCAUGUUCUCAUGUGUGAUGUAAAUGUGUCAAAAGGACUCACUGAAGAUAAUCUUAAUUAUAAACGUUGAAAAUGAAAUGUAUGUGGCGACAUGUUUGAUAACUUUAAAGCUAUUCAGACAGUAUUAGAUACAAAUUAUUAUUCUCAAAGCUUCUCAAAACAAAUAAAUAUGU